ACGACGUCCGGUUAAAGUAUUAUGCAUUUGAGAGAAAAUAGAGACGGAUGCCGUCUCGUUCUCGUCCCGCUAACCUAUUCGUUUCGGGUUUUCUCAGUUGACGUUAAGGUGUUUCAUUGAAAGUUUCGUGUGAAUUGUAUGUUUGACGCGAGUGAUUUGACGCGAGUGAUUUGACACGAGUAGGCAGUGAUUGUGAGCUCAGAACAGCGCGAUGGGCUGAUGGAUCGCAUCAGCAGAGUUGAUUAAAUAUGUCAAGAUGAUGUGUGAAAACACAAUUAUGCCCCCAUGCAAAUCUCGGUUAAUCUGUUCUAAAGCGCAUCCUGCUUAUACAAAGAGGGUUUCGUUUCACCGCCAGGCAUAAACGUCAAAUUACCGUAAUCUACGUGAUAGUAGCGACUCAAGACGUCCUGCGGGAGUUUUGCCCUUUUGGCAGCCGGGAAACACGACACUGCGCCUUCCCCACAUCCUGGAGAGGACUCGGGCGGAUCACAUAACUGCAACCCCAAACUGAGACGCGAUUUAUCCCCGUUAACGGCGUACAGCUACCUGUCCAUCUUCCACCUCUUCAGCCUGGGCACGUGCCUCGUCAGCUCCUGGGUGACCAUGAAGAAGCCCACUGCUGCCUACACCUUUGGGUUCGAGCGCUUUGAGGUCCUGGCUGUCUUCGCCACCACCGUGCUGAUCCAGCUGGGAGCGCUGUUCAUUCUGAAGGAGAGCAUCGAGCGCUUCGUGGAGCAGCCAGAGGUCCACACGGGGCGCCUAUUGGUAGGGACGUUUGUGGCACUCUUCUUUAACCUGCUGACCCUGCUGUCUGUGGAGAAUAAGCCCUUCACCUGCGUCUCAGAAGCUGCCAGCACCAACUGUCUCCAGGAGCACGUUGCUGACCUGAGCCGAAGUGUGUGUGGGCUGGUUCCGGGCCUCAGCUCUGUGCUCCUGCCGAGGAUGAACCCCUUCCUCCUGCUCAACAUGGCCGCCUCCCUGUCACUCUGCAUCACCUACACACUCAUCGAGAUGGAUAACUACAACUCAGUGGACACGGCCUCAGCGGUUGCCAUAGCGCUGAUGACCUUCGGAACCAUGUACCCCAUGAGUGUGUGCAGCGGGAAGGCCCUGCUGCAGACCACACCCUCGCACUUGAUUGGUCAGCUGGACAAACUGCUCAGAGAGGUGUCCACCCUGGAUGGGGUGCUGGAGGUCCGGAACGAGCACUUCUGGACCGUGGGGUUCGGCUCCCUGGCCGGCUCCAUCCACGUGCGGGUGGGUCGGGAGGCGGGCGAGCAGAUGGUUCUGGCCCACGUGACCAGCCGGCUCCAAUCCCUGGUGGCUCCUCUCACCGUGCAGAUCUUCAAGGACGACUGGAUCCGCCCGUCGCCGGUCCCCGGGGCCCUCCCUGCUGCCCCGCCCGGGGCCCCGGGCCCCCGGCCCCCGCCCCCCGUCGACGUGCUGACCUCCACCCCGGCCAAGCCCGGGCCCCCGCCCGAGUUCUCCUUCCACACGCCGGGGAGGUCCGGCCAGCCCCUGCUGCUGCCUGGAGCCCAGGCCUACGGGCCUCACAGCCUGGGGCUGGAGUCGCACGGCUCCCCCUACAGCGCUGCACUCAGCCAGGGCUGGGCCCGGCCACACCUGGGCAGGCCUCCAGCGCCAGGCUACAGGACUGCCUACAGCCCGGCGCCACAGAGAUAUGGAGCGCACACACCGCCCAGACACUUCAGCUACAGGUCCUGAC